AUGCCUCUAUCUCAAGGUCGCAAGCGGAAAGUGCGUGCUGUUUUUGGUCUCGUCGAUGAUGUGUUGGUAACGGGCAGUUCAACUGAGGUGAUUGUGCGCACCAAGAGUGACUUGAAGAGGCGUUUCGAUAUGACUGACAGCGGCAAGUGCGCGUUCGUAUUGGGCAUCGAGCUGGUGAACAACAUCGACGGUAGUGUGACAAUGUGUCAGCGACGAUACGUGGACGAUGUUCUCAAGCGUUUUGGCAUGAGUGAUUGCAAGGCCGUCAUCAGUCCAACGGAUAUCAGUUCUCGACUCACACCAAGCGACGCAGCAUCCAAGAGCAACGCUCCGUCUCGUGAAGCAGUAGGUGCUUUGAUGCACUUAAUGACCGCGACAAGACCGGACGUUGCUUUUGUUGUGGGCUACGUUUCGCGUUCCACGGAGAACCCCAAGUCGAGCAUUGGAUGGCAGUCAAGCGCAUUCUUCGUUAUCUACAAGAAACCAAGUCACACGGCAUCUUCGUUAAACCCGACAACAAGGUGGAUUUAUGUGGCGACUCGGAUGCAGACUAGCCCAGUGAUCAUGAAGACCGCAAGUCGACUUCAGAAUGUGCGUCUAUCCUGA